GGCCAGCGAUAUAAAACGGCAAAGCAACUCUGCUUCUUUUUUGGCUUCUCUUUUAUUAUCUACACACUCACACACACACGCGUAUCGGUCGUUGCGGUUCUUGGCAUAUUAAUUUGUAGAACGCGCAAAUCAAAUUGUAAAACGGAAACCGAAAAUGAAUACACACUAGGAAAAGUAAAGAAAAAAAAACAACACUACGCAAUUUCAUCAAUGCAGUGCGCGCGUCCAUCAUAUGGUAUAUUAAUAAUUAAAUGAAAACGGAUUUUUGUUGUGCAUGGCGUGCGUCAGUCAGCAACCGAGUCACUCAGUCACGUAGCAUACAAAAAAAAAAAAACAGAAGCAGGCCAACAGAAAAAGAAAAAGUUACAUGUGGGUAUAGAAGCGAAUAUGAUAUGAAAGAGAUGAGAGCAUGAAGAAGACAACGCGCGACGAGUAAAACACAUUCAAAGCGCGACACAAAUAACAAAUACAAUCUGAGCAACAAAAAAGAGAAAAAGUGCUUCAAAAAAAAGCCGGAACGACACAAAUGAAUGGACCUCAACACUCGUACGCUGCCAAGCUGCAUACAUACAUACAUGUGCACACAUAUUCAUACAAAACAUACGCAUACACUUGAAACACCACCACCACAAGCACAACAUACACAUAACGUAGCUUCAACAUCUAAACCCAACUGUAAAACAACAAAAAGCGCAGCAUUUUAAUAUUGCGCUAACGGGCAAGAAAUAUAAUUCCAUUUAUUGCUAACGGAGCAACAGCAACCGACACGUCAACAACAACAAUUGCAACAUCAACUUAAUUAUUAAGUUAAUCAAAAAAACCAGCUAAAUUAUAAGACUAGUUAGUAAUUAAAUAUAUAUAUAUAUAUACAUAAGCAACACCAUGUGGAAUUCCGAACCAACACAACGUCAGCAGCAGCAGCAACAACAACACAAUGGAAAUUCUACCUCGGGCAGCGGCCAGCCUGCCAAACAAUUGGGCAUUACAUCAGCGAUUAGCCUGGCCGAGCCGCGUGCUGAGGAUUUACAAAGGACCGAAGAGCUAAGCAAAUCCUUGGAGCCGUACAAUGUCUUCGAGAGCCAGGACGAACUGAAUCAUCGUAUGGAAAUCUUAGCGAAAUUAAAUACGUUGGUCAAACAAUGGGUGAAGGAUAUAUCCGUUAGCAAAAAUAUGCCCGAAGCUGCAGCCGAGAAGUUGGGCGGCAAAAUUUACACCUUUGGUUCAUAUAGAUUGGGUGUGCAUCAUAAAGGGGCGGAUAUUGAUGCUUUGUGCGUGGCACCACGAAAUAUCGAACGUACAGAUUAUUUUCAGAGUUUCUUCGAGAUCCUGAAGAAACAACCAGAGGUCACGGAAUGUCGCUCUGUCGAGGAGGCAUUUGUGCCUGUAAUAAAAAUGAAUUUUGAUGGCAUUGAAAUUGAUUUGCUAUUCGCACGACUUUCCCUGAAGGAGAUACCAGAUGACUUUGAUUUACGCGACGAUAAUCUGUUGAAGAACUUGGAUCCACGUUCGGUGCGCAGCUUGAAUGGUUGUCGUGUAACUGAUGAAAUACUUGCCCUAGUGCCCAACAUUGAAAACUUUCGCCUAGCAUUACGCGCUAUCAAAUUGUGGGCAAAGAAGCAUGGCAUCUAUUCGAAUUCGCUGGGCUAUUUUGGAGGUGUCACCUGGGCAAUGUUAGUGGCACGCACAUGUCAGUUGUAUCCAAAUGCAGCUGCUGCAACGCUGGUGCACAAAUUCUUUUUGGUAUUUUCACGCUGGAAGUGGCCCAAUCCUGUUUUGCUAAAACAUCUAGAUAAUGUUAAUCUACGAUUUCAGGUCUGGGAUCCGCGGGUCAAUGCCUCGGAUCGUUAUCAUUUAAUGCCAAUUAUAACGCCCGCUUAUCCACAACAAAACUCCACAUUCAAUGUAUCGGAGUCUACUAAGAAGGUCAUAUUGACCGAAUUUAAUCGCGGCAUGAGCAUUACGGAUGAGAUAAUGCUUGGCCGAGUUGGCUGGGAUCGCCUGUUCGAGGCACCCAGUUUCUUUUACAGAUAUCGUCAUUUUAUUGUUCUGCUCGUCAACUCUCAGACAGCCGACGAUCAUUUGGAAUGGUGUGGUCUAGUUGAGUCAAAAGUCCGCCUGCUAAUUGGCAAUUUGGAAAGGAUUCCACAUAUUGUCUUGGCUCAUGUGAAUCCCAAAUGUUUCGAGCUGAAAAAGGGCGCCGCUAGUGCUAAUAAUUCGCAAAACAACAGUGGCAAUGAGGAGGAAUUAAAGCAGCAACAGCAGCCGGCACAAUCAGCCAUAACUACAGCGCCCUAUUGUUCGCUCUGGUUUAUUGGGCUAGAGUUUGAGCGCUCGGAGAACCUCAACAUUGACCUCACCGAGAGCAUACAAAACUUCACCGAGCACGUGAAUAUGCAUGGCGUAAACAUAAAGAUGUUGAAGGAGGGCAUGUCCAUUAUAGCGCGCCAUGUAAAACGCAAACAGCUGUCGGUCUACCUGGAUGCCGAUUUUCUUAAACGGGAACGCAAAUCCAUGGAAAAUCACAAUAAUUUCAAUAACACGAUGAUGGCCAAACGCAAGCGUCUCUCGUCAGAGCUGGCGCAGUCGCAAGAGACGCUGCCACCUGCAAAUCCACGGGGACGCGACAGCGGCAAUAAGGUGCAAAGAUUAAGUGAAUCGUUGGCUGAGGACAAUUCGAAUGCCUCCAGUGAAUUGGGCGGCUUAACGCCCACGACGCCCACAGCAGCGCAAAUGAGUGCACCCAAUUUCAAGGCAGCCGCUAAGAAUGGCUCCGAUAGCAGCUGCUUGGACAGCACAACAGAGCAGGCAGCUAAUGGCAAUAGCAGCAGCAGCAGCAACAACAAUAAUAACAGCAGCAGCGCAACGACAGCUGAAGUGGCCUGCUCGUGACAACCGCCGAUGCCACAAGCACAUCAGCAGCAACAGCAACAUAUACAGCAGCAACAGCAACAACCAUUGCAGCAUCAUCAUCAUAAAUUUCGCAAAAACAACAAUGCGGCCGCGGCGGCUGCUUCCAAUAGCAUUUUUAAUCAGCGUUCUAUACUGCAUGCGGCUUCGAGUCUUACGGCUGCUCUAAGCAUAACCGGACACAAGCGCAAGCAGCCAGCAGCAGCAACAACAACAUCAGCAUCAGCAGCUUGUGGAGCAACCAGUGUUGGCAAUAAAAACGGCGGCAACAACACAAACUACAGUUACUUUAUAGAUGACGAUGAUGACAACAACCAACAGCAACCACCUAUGCAAAAACCACAAAACAAGCAACACCCACAUCAACAACAGCAACAAUCAGCUGCUGCCAGAGCCUUGCCAGAUGCAGCAGCAACAACAACAGCAACAGCAACUGCAGCAGCUGCCGCAACUGCGGCAUCGACAAUUUCUUUGUAAAAAGCUAAUACAUGUACCAUUAAGGCUUAGUUUUUCAUAGUUAACCCAUUGAUUUCCUUUUGGCAUUUUGAUGCCAACAAACAUAAUGGAAGCCCAUAUAUUUUAUACAAAACGGUUUCCAUUUUAAAGCUGCAGAGUUUUGUUUUUACUUUUAGUCUCCAGCGCAAAGUGCGUUGGGCAUAUACAUACCAUUGAAAACGGACAACUAUAACAACAACAACAACCAGAACAACAAAGCGGCCUGAAACAAACAAUUCGCUAAACAUUUUGUCUUAAGGUUUUCUCCCCAAUAAUAUUUGUUGUACGUCUUUUUUACUUCCCACAGCUGGUAUUAAGGAGUGCCUAGAGUGCGGGAGAAGUAAAGAGUGUGUAAGAAAGAGAGAGAAGGAGAGUGAAUAACAACAACAACAACAACACGAAUCACUGAAACAAGACAACAACAAGAACAACAUGAACUGCAAACAAGAACAGAAUCUAGUUAUGAAUUUUAGAAUUUACUGUUCUAUUCUAUUUGCCCUAUU